UGCAACCACACGGAAAGUCUCCUCCAGCCUGGACUGGGCGAACACGCUCGCACACGGGCGGACGCUGAGCUCUCCGCUGCUCCCGUUGCCUCCUGCUCCGUGCUCGCAGUCGCAGAGAGGGACAAACACAGCGAGCAAGAGCAGUGGCGGCAGUAGGAGAGAGAGAGAGAGAGGCUUUUCUUUGGUUGAGAGGCCACAAACUCCACCACGGGCCAAUCGCCGAGGGGCUCUGCUUUCUUUAAGCGCUCCCGGGGUGGAGGCCGAAUCACCUCUGGCCACUUUGGCAUCUGCCGGAAUUCGAUGCCACCACCGCCCGCUGCAUAAAUACCGCCUCCCCGCCAGCUCCCACCUCCCCCCUCCUCUCCCCUCCUGGCUUCCCAAGGACUCGCCUUCCGUUUCCUACGACAGGAAAGGCGAAAUCUUGGUCGGUCCGCUGAUCGGCAGGUCGUUUCUUGGCUGGUUGGUUUUCUAGUGGAGCGAGAUGAUGAAGGAGUCGUGGAUGGAGGUGCUGCCGCCGCCGCCGCCGCCGCCGUACUUCGCAGGGCAGGCGGGCGGGUGGUUCUUGCAGGACCGGCGGGCCGGCCCCGGCGCUUGGACGCUGGAGGAGAACAAGAUGUUCGAGAGGGCGCUGGCGCGGGUGGACUGGGACGCGCCGGACCGGUGGGAGCGGGUGGCCGCGAUGCUGCCCGGGAAGACGGUGGCCGACGUCGUGGCCCACUACGACGACCUCGAGAACGAUGUCUGCUUCAUCGAAGCCGGCCUCGUGCCCUUCCCCCACUACGGCGGCGGCGGCUCGCAGUCUGCUGGGUACACCUUCGAGUGGGACGGCGGCGAUGACGCCGGCGGCCUGGGUUUCAAGCGCUCCUGCUACGUGGUCGGAGGCAAACGCGGGCGCGGCCCGGACCAGGAGCGCAAGAAAGGCGUCCCCUGGACGGAGGAGGAGCACAAGCUGUUCUUGAUGGGGCUGAAGAAGUACGGGCGAGGGGACUGGAGGAACAUCUCGCGCAACUUCGUGACGAGCCGAACGCCGACGCAGGUGGCCAGCCACGCGCAGAAGUACUUCAUCCGCCUCAACUCCGGCGGCAAGGACAAGCGCCGCUCCAGCAUCCACGACAUCACCACCGUCAACCUCCCCGAUGACGACAGCGGCAACCCCUCAUCCUCGCCGCCCUCCGUGCUCACCGCCACCUCCACCCCCUCCACCGGUGGCCCGGUCAUGUCCGAGCAGUUCGGCGUCCUCGUCGACAGCAAGCCCCCGCCACCGCUCGGGCACCAGCACCACUUCAUGCCGCACCCCUACGACAACGUGAAACUCGAGCCCAAUAAUUCCCAUCACGGCGGCUUCCUGGACGACUCUGUUCUGAUGCAGAUGCAAUGCAGCCAGCUGCAGCCUCUCGAUUGACCACGGUUCUUGGAACAACAACUUAGCCUAUGGCAGGAAAAAAAAGGUCUCAUCUCUGGCCAUGCACGAGGAGGGAAUCGCCCUGUUGUGGGUCUUGAUUCUAAACAAGCAAACAGCAUAUGAAUUCAACGCGUUCUUGUUACAAUUCACAGCCGAGCUCUUAUGUUCUGCUGCAGAGCUGAACUCCCUGCCUUGUGUUCCAGAGAUGAGAGGGACAAAAGAACGAGAACAUAGAAGGAGAUCGACAUGACAUUUCUGAGUUUCGCCUCCUUGUACAUAAGCCUACGCCCCCGGUGAAAUAAUUUCCUAUUGCGAUUAGUUUCCUGUGUUAUGUGAGGCACAGGAAAGUGUACUACUAGAUGCUGUGAUUACGCUAGCUUUUCUUUAUGUUGAUGGUGUAUUGAUCAGUUAAUGUCAUGCAUUUGGGUAGCACGUAGCAGCAGCAGCAGCAAGCAUACUGUUUGGUGUUUCUUGUUAGGGUUUUUAUCUUCAACUGGGUGUAUCGGCAUCGGUCACCCUCUCAUUGGCCCGUGCUUCGCUUUGUUAAUCAUGAUGGUUAUGAAAUGGUUGUAGUUUUCAUCAA